AAAAAUAAUGAAGACGUUAUAACGAAACGUUAUUGUGUGAUUGAUUGAUGUUUUUCGCGAUUUUGGAUUUUAAUAUUUUCUGCGGCAAUUUUGUAGCUGAAAAAUAUGGUGUUGAGUUUGUAUUAUGAGUUAAAAAUGUGCUCAAUUAAAAGACGAGUGUUACGGUAGCUAAUUAGCAAUGUUAUUGAAGGACAAAGAACUCGAAGUGCAAUAAUAUCCUGUAAAAUCUGUAAGGAUGGAGGUAGGAGUCCAGAUCGUGGGUAUAAUCCUGCGCCUCCUGAACUUCCUGCUGGCGCCUCUGUUCUGGUUCCGCGCCAGGGAUCACCGCCGACUGCCGCCCGUCACCAACCCGGUGCUGCUGAAGAGCGCUGCCGAGUUAGCUGAGGCUAUCAGGAAUGGCGAAAUAACGAGCGAGAAACUAGUGACGAUCUACAUAGAACGCGUCAAAGAAGUGAACCCUUACAUCAAUGCGGUCGUCGAUGAAAGGUACCGGGCUGCCACAGAAGAUGCUAAGGCUGUUGACCGACAGAUCGAGGAAGCGAAGAAGAAUGGCACCUUUGAAGACCUGGUGAAGGAUAAGCCGUUGCUUGGAGUACCGUUUACGGUUAAGGAGAGCUGUUCUCUUGCUGGGCUAUCAAACUCAGUAGGCUGCCUAGAAAAUGCGGGCCGUCGAGCGACCACGGACGGGGGUGUCGUGAGCCUCGUGAAGAAAGCCGGAGCCAUCCCACUGCUGGUCUCCAACACCCCCGAGUUGUGUCUUGGAUGGGAGACCACUAACUUGCUGCGGGGGACGACGAAUAAUCCGUAUUGCUUGAAUAGGACGCCUGGAGGAUCUUCGGGGGGCGAGGCCGCGUUGUUGUCGAGUGCUGCGUCAGCGCUGAGCGUGUCGUCGGACAUCGCGGGCUCCAUCCGCCUCCCCGCCGCCUUCUGCGGGGUCUUCGGACACAAACCCACGCCCGGCAUAAUCUCAAUAGAAGGCCACAUCCCGACCCUCAGCGACGAGAACUUCCCCAAGUUCCUCACCGUCGGACCCAUGACCAGGCGAGCUGAUGAUCUCAAGCUGUUGAUGAACAUUAUGGCGGGAGAACAUAAUCAACUGAACCUGGAUGUGCCUGUCGAUAUGAAGGAUGUUAAGGUGCACUACAUGUUCGAGGCGACGGACUCGGUAGCACUACUGAAGGUGGAGAGCUGCAUCAACGACGCCAUCCGUAACGCCGUCGCUUACCUCGAGAAAGAUUGUGGAUGUACUGUUAGUGAGGAAAAAUUCAAAGAUUUAGAAGACUCAGUCGAAAUAUCGGUGUCGGUAUUCUUUUCAAUGAAGGACAUUCCCAAUCUGUUGCAAGACCCCGCCAAUCCGAAACGUGAUAAAAGUUUAAUCGUUGAACUUAUAAAAUAUAUGUUCGGUGGGGGAUCACGAUCAUUACAAGGACUGAGUUUCUCUGUUAUAAAUAGAAGUCACUUGUUCAUACCGGAUUCUCGAAGAGGUUACUAUAACGGCAAAGCGAAUAAACUACGUGAGCAUAUGCAGAAAGUUCUAGGCGACAACGGCGUGUUCAUCUACCCUGUAUUCAUCAGCCAGGCACAUCACCACAACCAGGUGUUCCUCAAGGCUUCCGGCGUCAUGUACACCAUGGCCUUCAACAUCCUCGGCAUGCCGGCCACCACGGUACCCAUGGGGCUGUAUAAAGGACUGCCUGUUGGGGUGCAGGUAAUAGCAGCUCCAAAUCAAGACAGACUGUGUUUAGCAGUAGCCAAACAACUGGAGAUCGGCUUCGGUGGAUGGAAACCGCCGCAGUAACGUUAUACCUAAGUAAAACAUACCAAAUACUUUGAUAAGCUAAGCAAACCACAUGUAUGGCGUGGUUUAACUUUUAUACCAGAACAAAAUAAUAUAGGAUUUUAAUAGAAAUUUUCAUAUUACUUUAUUCUAUUUUGUACGUAAAUGUAUGUGAUAGUAAACUAUUAAAUUGAUCAUGUAUAAUCGGGUACUUGACUAUUUUUGAAAUCGUUAUACAUACCUGAUGUAAAAUCGAUUAUUGAAAUUUUCUAUCCUUUUCCCGUUAAACGGUAUUUAUAUAACCCUAUUUGUAAGAAAGUCUUCAAUGAGUAUUUAUUGUUUUGUUGCUCGCCGAGUUGUUUUUUGUUAGAGAUAUAAAAUAGUCGAGCACCCAAUUUGUGUAGACUUUGCAAUGUAAUAAAUUAUUAAUUAAUGAUUAAAAUAUGGUUACUUGCGUGUAACUAUUUGUUUAACGUAUAGUUUUUUAUUUAUCUAAAUCCAAUCUUUAUUUGUCUGGAUUCCGAAUCUAACAGUAUUUCAAUAUUUGAUUGUUUAAAACUCAAACCUUUUGAAUUAUUGUUAUUGGUCAAAUUGUAUAGGAACGUAAUAUAAUUACUUCAUAAUUUAUUUAUAAUAAAGUAUUGUACAGUUUGUAUGCUGAUAAAUGAUAAUUAUAGAUGUUUUAAGCCUUAUUACCAAGGAUAUACGAGGUAAUGGAUGUUUAAAAUUUAUUUGUGAUGGGUGCUUUAAAUUAUUUCGUUACCAUAAAUUAGCAUUCCAAAUUAAAUAAUUGUUUAGAAGCGCUGUGAAUGUAAUAUUUAGUUGUGAACUAAAUAUUAGGUACAUUAUUCGUGUAGAUUUAUAAGUUGUGGUUCGCACUCCCUUUCAAUUGUAAUUCUAAUUGGUUAUAGCGAAACAAAUAAAUAAAGUGGUGCGAA